UCGUCCACAGCUCAGUCCCGCGCGGCGCGCCUUGCGUUUCGCUUCGCUGAAGAGACUUUAAAAUUCAAAGUCAAUUCAAAAGGAAACACUACAGAAUCUCAGCCGGACUUCAUGCAACUGCUGUUCUACAUACACGCGCGUUCACACACACACGCACACAUACGCAUAAAAAAAACAUACACACACACGCGCACCCAGGUCAACACGCGGUGGAAUAAGGGGGAGAAGAAUUUGACAAAGUUAAGCCCAUCACUGGCUUGUUAUUACCUCUGAUGACCCAGAAGAAUCCGCUGGACAGCGUUGGAAAGGUGACUAUACGUUUUGGAUUUUACGCCUAUAGUUUAAAAACCUCAAUAGCACUUUCUUGGAAGUUUUCUUCGUGCGCCGUAAACAGGUGGGAUCGUGUUAUUCUGGACAGAAAAGUGGAUUCCAUCAGAUGUGACUCAAAGAAAGAUCGUGCUUAAACAAGUCUACCGUGUAUCACCACAGCCCUCACAGGAAAGUGCUUUUAGGUUUAUGUUAGUCAGAAGGUGUCGAGACAACCCGUGCCUGUGUCAUAGAGCGAAAGAAGAACUAGACGACCGCGAGCAGGCGACUUGAAACCCAAAUAAAAAACGGCAAACACACAACAGUUCCGCUCGAAACAGGAAUUGUAAAACCACUUUGAAUCCCUGCAUUAGAAUAACAAACCCCUGCCAUGGACGGUCCACUGUGCCAUCCUCCGGACGCUUUGAACAUGGACACUGCAUAUCCAACGCUGUGCGUUAAUUCGUUAUUAUCCCACGAUAAUCGCCAGACCCUUCGUCUUUAUUAGUAAGAAGGACGACCACACAUCUUUUUUUUCUUUGUCGCAACGCAUCAUCUUGGGGUCAACCAUGGACGACAAGAGCGCCCCGUGCCACUCGAAGCAGACCAUCGACGCCAACAUGAGUCCCCUGAUCAGCGCCGUCAUGUUCGCCGCGGGAGUGUUCGGUAACGUGGCAGCACUCGUUCUCCUCGAGAUCCGUCGUCGGCGGGAGUCCGGCGGCGCGCAUCGGCGCUCGCUCUUCAACGUGCUCGUCACGUCGCUGGUGGCUACCGACCUGACCGGCACGUGCCUCGUCAGCCCGCUGGUGCAGGUGUCGUACUCUUUCAACACCACCCUGGUGGCCAUGACGCCCGAGGGACCCCCCGUGGCGUGCGCCUACUUCGGCUUCAGCAUGACCUUCUUCAGCCUGGCCACCAUGUCCAUCCUGUUCUUCAUGGCGCUGGAGCGCUGCCUGGCCAUCGGGCAUCCGUACUUCUACGGCCGCUGCGUCACCAAAAAGUGCGCCUACAUCACCAUCCCCUCGCUGUUCUGCCUCUGCGCGCUCUUCUGCUGCCUGCCCUUCGCGGGCUUCGGCGAAUACGUGCAGUACUGCCCCGGCACGUGGUGCUUCCUGGACAUGAACCCGCAGACGCCGAGGCACCGCGCGUACGCCAACCUGUACGCCAGCGUCAUGCUGGCGCUCGUGCUGGCCAUCGUGGCGUGCAACGGCUCGGUGGUGUACCACCUGGUCAAGAUGUACCGGCGGCGCCGGAGGAACGGCGGCUCGGUGACGGCGCGCUUCAAGCGGGAGCGCGGCGUGGUCUCCCUGGCCGAGGAGGUGGAGCACCUCAUCCUGUUGGUGUUCAUGACCAUCAUCUUCAUCAUCUGCACCAUGCCGCUAGUGGUGCGCGUCUACCUCAACUCGUACGACCAGGCCAGCGAGUCCCACCCGGCGGAGCUCAACGCCCUGCGCUUCAUCUCCGUCAACUCCAUCAUCGACCCCUGGGUCUUCAUCUUCUGGUCCCCCAGCGUGCUGCACUUCUGCUGGGCGUCGGCGUGCCGCCGGCCCCUGGCUUCGCCCCGGGCCUCCGCCCUCAAGUCCUCCACGUCGUCGGAGCAGCGGCUCAGGAACGUCCGGCUGGUGGUGAGCCAGCCGCCGUCGGCCGACUGCAGCCGCUGCCCGGGGUCCGAGGCCACCCUGUGCACCAUGGAUGUCUGACCCCCUGACCUCUGACUCCUGACCCCGCCAGAGGGAGGAGCAAGACCUUAAAGCCAUGCUUGAAUACACCUCUAUGGGGGGGCGCAGUGCGCGUCUGUGACAAUCUCACCACGAUGGGACCGCGUGGAACGUGAGAGACGGGAAUCAUGGUGCAAAAAAACAACAACCUGACAAUGUCGUUGUUGUUGUUGUUUUUGUUGUUGCUGCUGCAAGUUUCCCCUCGCAAAAUCUGGCGGAAAAAAAAAGGAAACUGCUUUUGGGUGUUGACUGCCCGGCAUGGUCGCCAUGACGAUGACUCUACCCGUCCCCACGCCAUUCCAACCCGAUCCUUCACGCUCGGGGCCGCAAGCUUCUGCUUUCCCAAUAAGCGGGAGUCAGCAGUUGGAUGCGUCAGUCCUGGGGUGGCCGCAGCAACACGCGGCCUCUCCGUGCCUCGGAGAUGUCUCUGGGUCAGCAGAGCCCCCCCGGCCGACCCCUACGGCCCACCGGCCCCUCGCUACACGUGUCCACUGCACUUCAACAGGACGCCUGUGUUUUUUCGCAUUGCUCCGUCUCGUUGUUUUGGGAUUGAGUUGCGUAAUCAGAGCUGUGUUUUGUCGUUGUUUUUCGGCGGCGGCGCAGUAAGAAUUUGAAUUGAAUGUGAACUUAAGUGUAUUAUGUAUUAAGAGGGUAUAAGGAAAGACAUCUCCGAUCGAGGUUUGCUUGAUUGAAAACAGGAUAUCAAGUCCACUGAUUUCUAUUAUUUAAUUUUUUUGGUGUGGUCCAUUCAGGGUAUGAUGCGUUUUGAAACACAUUUGAAACCAAACCUAGAUAAUGUACAGACCAGGAACCCAAAUCAAACAGGCUUUUCCAAUAUCGGAGGGCAGAUUGUGAACUGAAACAGGACUAUCUUGUUUAGUGAGCAGAAAAAUAUGUGGCCAUAAAGGUGUCUGAAGCCCAUCCCAAUCCAUGACUGCACCGAACCCAAUGUUUCCACAGGAAGCUGGUGAUGCAAAGUAAGCUAGGUAGGCUCCUUUCCUUUGGCCGUUUGCCAAGGAGCACAGAAUGGUUCAAAAGGGAUUUGAUCUUAGUGAUGUUGUUGUACGUUCUCCUGCCAACAUGAGACAAUUUGAAAAACCACAGUUUAUGUUUGUUCUCUAUGUCUGCCUCUGGCCUUCCAUACUCACUUGAAGCUUCUGUACCUUCACCCCUUGAGCCAUGUUUUUUGCCUGGUCGGCAGGCAGUUCUUAUGGACUCCAGGUUAAAGCCUUUUGCACUCUCAUGCCUUGAGUCACCCGACACUACCCUAUGGAACAAAGGGUCUAGCAGGAAUGGUAAGGGAAGAAAAUCUCCUGAAGUCUCUGACCCUGGUUUGUGAGGGAGCUAGUUAAAGCUAGCCUCAGGCUUGACAGAAAGUUGGAAAGAAAACAAAGGGCAAGUUAACAUGAGGCGUAACUGACACAUUUGGAUGAAAAAAAGAAUACUUGUUUUGUUUCAAAGUUGCAUUCAAUUAGUUCAAACUUGAUCAUACAUGUUGUGUAUUCUGCGGAUCCACAUGCUCUUCAAAAUCGUCAGCACUAGUCUCAAACUUUUUUCAGUCUAUUUCCUUAUUCAUUGUAUCGAGGUGUUGUUGAGCUUUAAUCCUCCGAUCGCAUGCUAAGUAUAAUUAAUUCCCCCCCGCAACCUAGGCUAAUCAACGUUCUAGAUAGUGUGAGAUAAAUAUCUUCCAUCUUAGUUUAUUAAAUGUUGGGUUACACGUGAAUUGUGUUUUCAUUUCCGAAAGGAAACACAUUUAGCAGGGAAAUCCUCAGCGCUGUUAAAACGGGUCUCCUUGGACCCAUAGCCGACUCACACUCAAUAAACGUGGACAAAUUAAACAUUCAUAUGCGCCAAUAAAAAAAAAAAGAUUGUUCUGGAGUCAUAUAAAGCCCAUUGUUUGCCGCAAGCUUCUGUCAACGGCUCAUAUUAAUCCACUGGUUAGCCAACUGCUUUCUGUUUGGAGACAGAGAUAUUGUGUAUUUUGGGUUAUGGUUUGACCAUAGACAAGCCAGCCAAGUGAUAGUUGUGUGAAUGUCGUAAAAGUAAUUUCCACUUUUGUUCUCUUUCCACAAAAUUCCUGUUCUGUUUGAUCCGACGGUUGCCCUUGACAAUGUCGUUAGCAUCGAUGUAUUGGUCUUGUGUGGGCUGUUAUCGCUGAGACUGCGUCUGAUUCUAUUUAUUGCGUGUUGCUUGCUGCCUACGAUCCCGACUCAAUCAUGAAUUAACCAUUUACUGCUUACUGUGGAUGUUCUGCCAAGUUAUAAGUGUUACUGUAUGAGCUGUUGUGUGUGUGUGUGUGUGUGUGUGUGUGUGUGUGUGUGUGUGUGCGUGUGUGUGUGUGUGUG